AUGCACAAUGUCCGACCACCACUGAAUCACUUGCCUGGAAAGGACGUACCUUGGAUUUGGUCCGACGAGUGCGAAGAGGCCUUCUGUCAACUCAAAUCAAUGCUCAGUUCGGACCUACUGCUGACCCAUUAUAAUCCAGCCCUACCAAUUGUUGUUGCAGCUGACGCCUCCGCCAAGGGCAUCGGAGCCGUCAUCCUCCACGUUUUCCCCGACGGCACAGAAAAGGCCAUAAUGCACGCAUCCAGGUCGCUGACAACGACAGAACAGCGUUACGGACAGAUUGAGAAAGAAGCUCUCGCUUUGGUUUUCGCUGUCCGCCGUUUCCACAAGCUCAUUUAUGGCCGAAGAUUCACUCUCCUGACAGACCACAAGCCGCAUGACCCGUGGAUCGAAGGGACCAUUGCACGCCGACACGGCAAGGUCAUGUUUGACGUGAAGGUGGGUCGCGACACGUGGUCAAGGCAUCGCAACCAACUCCGAUUGAGAAAAGAUUCUGCGACAACAAAUCGCCAGACCAGCAUCCCACAGGAUGUAAUUUUCGACACAUUUCAGUUGCCGCCACCGAUGGCAACGCUAGUGAAGACCGACAGAGAUCAAGUAGCAGCAGACAGGUCUUCACCUCCAAGGCAGAGUAGCCGAAAACGACAGAAACCAACACUACUCCAAGUCAACCCAAAGAAGAAGCGUUAUUAG